AUGAAAGAAAUAACGAUACCUUCGCCAAUUGUGAAUCGUAUGUUUAUCCUUUCGGGAUCCAGUUCCUUGUACGUUUUCGCUACUUCCUUGCACGAAGGCGAGCAGAUCGAAACGUCUGGGGCGCUGACAAUCGCACUAUUACGACCUACUGAUGCCCCUUAUUCAGCAAUACAACGAGCGACCACACCCAUAGGUGGUCCAUUGAUGUUGUGCCGUGGACAACAUCUCACUUCAGAUAAACAGAACCUUGAAAGAAUGGAAAACUGUACGCUUGCAUCAACCUCUUGUAAACAGUUAUCCUGCUUUGGUUGUUGGUCUGUUCGCCGAGCUUGGCAGUUGGAUUGCAAACGUUUCAUUACCAAUCGAGGUGACAUCGUCAGUGCAGGGUUGAGUGGCUUCUUAACAGUAUCUGGUAGUUGCCCAGCUCAGCGAACAAGCCAACGACCAUCUACGCUACCUGAGCUACCGACAUUCUCCUCCAUAGAAAUUGGCCUUCUGUUUUUCAGCUCGUCAGCAUUGCCAGGGUUUGGACUUCGCACGCCUGACAUGCAAGACGAGCGCGUUACCACCGCUCCACCAAACAAGAAGGAGGUGGGUGUUAGGCUCGUCAAAUCGAACGACGACUCAGUCCAACAUGCUCUGGUGGAUUGGUGGUAA